AUGACUGAAGCCAACACCUACAUCCUCUACAUCAUCCUCUGUUUCCUUGCAACUCUCCUCCUCCAAUACUUCUUCCAUAGAUCAAAAACCACCAAGUCCUCCUCCUCCUCCCACCUCCGUCUCCCGCCGAGCCCGCCGUCGAUCCCUCUCCUCGGCCACCUCCACCUCCUCUCCCCCUCUCUCCACAAGUCCUUCUCCGCCCUCGCCUCCAAAUUCGGCCCUCUUCUUUGCCUCCAACUCGGCGCUGUCCGCUGCAUCGUUGUCUCCUCCACCUCCCUCGCCACCGAGGUCUUUAAGACUCAAGAUCUCGCCUUUUCCUCUCGACCCAAGUUUGCCUUCAGCGAUGAGACCCCGUAUGGCAGUUCCGGCUUCUUUGCUGCCCCUUAUGGCGACUAUUGGCGCUUCAUGAAGAAACUCACCAUGACUGAGCUUCUCGCUCCUAAGCAAGUCGAACGUUCACGAGCUGUUCGUUACGAGGAGUUAUUGCAAUUCUUGCGCAAAAUGAUAGCUUCGGCCGAGAACAACCAGCUCGUUGAUGUUGGUGCUGAGCUCAUGAAGCUCACCAACAAUAGCAUUUGCAGGAUGAUGAUGAACAUAAGAUGUGCGGACGACGGUGACGAAUCGGAGAAGAUCCGACAACUAGUAAAAGACACAAUGGAAGUCGGAGCAAAAGUAGCAUUCGGCGACGUGAUCGGAUGGCCGCUAAAAAGGGUAGCAUUUUGGAUAUAUGGAAAACAAGCCAUCGACGUAACGAUGAGAUAUGAUGCAAUAUUGGAGAAAGCAUUAAAGCAACACGAAGAACGAGGAAAAAUCGAGGGUUUCGACCGAGAAGAUCGAGACUUAAUGGAUAUAAUCUUGAAAGUUCAUCAAGAUAGUGAAGCUGAGUUUAAGAUUACAAGAACAAACGUCAAGGCUUUCUUGUUGGAUCUUUUCGUGGGUGGCACCGGAACGUCGACGGAGGUGAUGCAAUGGAUAAUUGCGGAGCUAAUCAACCACCCAAAGGAGAUGAAGAAACUUAGAGAAGAGAUAUUCUCGAUCGUUGGAGACUCGAGAUUGGUCCAAGAAACGGACGUUGCGUACAUGCCCUACUUGCAGGCGGUGGUGAAGGAGGGGCUAAGAAUGUACCCGGCGGUGCCGGUGGCGAUGAGGAGCUGUCCACAGAGCUGCAAAAUCAGCGGCUUCGACAUACCGGAAAACACCAUGGUGGGGGUCAACCUGUUCGCCAUCAUGAGAGAUCCAAAUGUCUGGGAAGAUCCGAACGAGUUCCGGCCGGAGAGAUUCUUUUCUCCGGCCAAGGAGAACGAGGGAAUGAAACAGAUCCAGUACGAAAUCAAGGGCCAGAAUUUCAGCUUCGUUCCGUUCGGCGGCGGGCGGCGGGGCUGUCCUGGCUCCACCUUGGCCUUCACCACCAGCACCCUCGUCAUCGCCACCAUGGUGCAGUGCUUUGACUGGAAAGUGGACGGCAAAGACGACAAGAAAGCCAAUAUGGAAAUCGGGUCGGGUCUCGGGUUACCCAUGGCCCACCCACUCAACUGCAUUCCUGUUGUCAAGUUCAACCCUUUUGGUUCUAAUUAAAAAAAAUAAUAAUAAAUUUCAAAUAUUUUACGAGAGAGAAGGAAAUAAUAUGUAUUUUAUUGUUUA